CGCGAAGUGCUGGGAUAAUCCGUAACGCGUAGCAUAGACUUUCCCUGCCGUAGAUUCCACGGGUCAAGGGAACGAACGGUGCAAAUAGGUGAUUAUUUAAGAUUUUUCUAUGAAAUGGUAUGCGUGCAGAGAUGAAACAAAAUGUACGUGAUUUAAGUGCGAUCCAGAAUCAUAUUGAAUUGAGUCAUUGGCCUACAUGCAAGUGUUCGUAAAAUAGGCAAAAGUUAACAUUGAAUACCUUGUGUCGGUGAAGAAAGCUGAGCGAUCGUCGCAUUCGGCCCACACAUACUAGGGGGUCUCGAUCGCAAGAUUAACGUCCAAGGAUUUUUUUCCUGCCUUGUUUAGUGUUUCCAGUUUUAUGUGCGACGCUAAACCCCAGGGCCGGUAAAUUAAUCGCCUGGCACAACAAUGCUGCUCCAAACGUUGGGAUAUGACGCAUUCUGGUUAUAUUCGAUUUCGGCCGUAGUUAUGGUCAGCAUGAUCACCACUAUACUAUCCUGCCUCUGUUGUCGACGUAAACAAGAGAUCAAAAAUGAUCUUCUUGGACUAGAAGGUAAUGUAAAACUCACAAAUCCAGAGGACACUUUGUUAUCUUCGGGUUCGACCGGUGCAAUCAAUGCGCAGGCGAACAAUGGUAAUGGUGCACCCGGAAUAAACACGGCAAAUGCAUCGAAUCUACGUCCAGCCAGUGUUGCCGGUGGGUUUGGUUCUGAUACCGAAAGCAGCAGCAAGAGAACUUCAAAUGCUCCGCAUCGAAGCUUGCCUGAUAUACCAAUAGCUGAACCGGCGGGUGAUAAUAAUUCGGAACUGUACGCUACUGUUGGAGACAAAGUCCAGGACUUGCCGCAAGGGAGGAGUCCAUCCGCUAGCUUGAAAAAACAAACCAGCGUCUCUCAGCACAGUUCAAUUAGUCAGGCGGAUGAUAUAAGUUCUCCUUAUGCUCGAGUCAGAUCACCUCCCCAUGCGUAUGACAAAUUACGUCGCAUGGAACAUCCGUAUGCGCAAGUAGUGCAGCCCGGAUCAGCAAUCGGCAGUACUGUAUUUGAGGCAGGAACCGGCGGAACAUCCGGGACAGCGAAUCGUUCAAAGCCGCGGGACGGCGAUGAUGAUGACGACGAAGACGAUGAUGAUGACGAGCUGAUGAGCCCCAUUUCUCGCCGUGAAUCUGCUCAAAACAUAGAAGAUCGAGAAACUUCAACCGUGGAUAUUCCGGCUGCGUCUGCGAUCGCUGGACGUGUUUCUGCUAGUCAAGACUUACCAUACAUGACCCCUCCGAUAGUUCAACCAUCUUCACAACAUUUUAGCGGAGAUUCACAAGAUUCCUCAAAGGGUUACACAAGCAUAAGCGUACGAGAACCUUUGGCAAAUUUAAUGCCACAAAAUAUGCCGAACCAAACGACAGCCAAACGAAGACAGAUAUUGGGCGACUCGCACUAUGCUACUGUGUCAGACGAUUCGGAUGAAAUGUAUGCCGCGAUCGAUGAUCCUGGUAAUCAAGGCGAUCUGUACACCAGCGGAUCGGAAACGUAUGCCCAAAUUCAACCUCCCAAUGCGAUGACCGUGUCGGUGGAAAUAAAUACGGGUGCGUCAAGCAGACCACAACCACCAUCAGUGCAGGCGCUACAUGCAACCGUGAAUGAUGCGCUUGAUUCUGGGGUUAGUUCCAGUAGCAACAAAACGAAUUCCACUGCUCCGAAUCGGCUCAGCAAUCAUAGCAACAUGGUAACGUCAGGUGAUGAGCACAUGCAUGGACUUCCAUCACAUUUGGUUCCAUCUACGGCUACCGGCGAGGGUGGAGGCUUAAGGGCACAAACCUUUGUUCAGCAUUCACGUCAGGCAUCAUCUUCGAGCUGCACCAGCUCGGUAGGAAAUUUGGGCUCUCCGAAACCAGAGAAACGACAGGCAAACAGCCCAUUACCUCCAACGCCAAAAACAUUAAAACAUCAGGCAAAUAAUUUCUUCAGCACUUCGAAUCAAUCGAUGAUCGGGUCCGGAAGUGUAGCAUCAUCGAGUACUACGACUGCAACCUCCGGACGGAACUCUGUUGCUUCUGUGAUCGAAUGUAGCGGUGCUGGUGCAGCCACAUCGAAUAGAGAAAACAUUGGAAACAAGCCUGGUGCCGAUAAUGACAGUACAAUGCUACCGAACGGUUCUUUAGUUAGUGGAAAACAAAAGAAAAGUCCGUCUAAAGAUUUGGAAGGAAUGUACGCCAAGGUAAUGAAAAAGAAUAAACUAUCGAAAGUACCAUCGCAAAAUUCGUCACCCGUACCGCUGCGGAAAGAUGGGUCCCUUGAUGCGCAGCAUCUGAGGCAACAGUUGCUGUCAGAUUCGGAUAUGGCACAGCUUAACGGUAGCGGCUCGCUGCACGGAGGUUCUCCAAGCAGAAAUUUGAUCGCAGCACAACGUAAUAGCACCGGUAAUUGCCAAAGCAAGGAUCCCGGCUAUGAAACUAUUCCCGGUGAUAAUGUAAAGAGUGGCAUGGAAGCGGCACGCAAAUCAGCCGAUUAUGCGCAGAUUCAGAAGUUGCAUCGCAACCAUACUGCUGGAAGUGGAGGAGCAACAGUAACGAAUGUUUUGCUAGUAAGUGGUGAAUCAAACCCACUUCGUGCGGUAGUAGCGCAAGGUAUUGAAAAAGUGUCUCUCGGUUCGCUGGAAAUAUGUCACGGUAUUGACGAGCAUUAUGAACGAUCUUUUACAGCGGACACCGAACCGGGGUACGAAAGUUUGCCAGAUACGCGUGGAAGCAUCAACGACCCCGGAUACGAGACGCUGAAUCGUGGUUCAAAUCGCACAGAAUCGGACUCGGAUCCAAACUACGAAAUAUUGCGUCCGACCGGUAGUAAACCAGCAGGUACGACUCAUCCUGCUGACUUCAACAAGCUGAGAGGAGGAAGUACCGGUGACACAAAUCGUGACAGUGAUGGCUACAGUAGCAUACGUGACACAGCAAAGACAGUUCAAUCAACAGUGAAAAACGGCGCAAGAAAUCGUUUGGAUUUUGGAACACGUAGUGGAGGAGCUGGGGCAGCGGAGGAUGAAGAUACAGACAGCAGUACCCCCGGGUACAGUAGUAUCAAAGAGAAGGACGACUACGAUCCUGGCUAUAGCGUGAUUUCGGAGCGAAAAAAUCCUCCACCGGGUCACGAUUACGCAAGCAUAACAGAAGAAGCAAAAAAACGCAAACCAAAUAUUAACAACAACCUGGAACCAGACGACGAGUCGGAUAUAUACUCUAGCAUACCUCAUACAGCGUCCGGCACGCUGACUUUACCUUCACCAUCGGCAGCAAUCGUAAUGGGAGGUUCAAGUUUGGGUGCCAGUCCACCCGGUUGCGUGGGCGCACCUAUGGAGGCCGAUCGAACUAGUGCUGGGGCGGUUAUGGGUACGCUUUCAUCAUCACCGGGAUAUUCCAGCAUAUCGGAAACGCGCACAACUCCCUCGUCAACGGAUGGCGAUGGUGACGGCAGUACCAGCUCUCCGGAUCAAUUGAUUGGAUAUAGUAAGCACAACAGCAACACCAACACCACGGUAACCACCAACAACAGCCUAAGUCGAAUAUCGAGCAACUACGAGUCACUCACCGGGAGUGAAUCAGACCCUAACUAUGAAUCGGUAAAAUAUCUCAAUGUAAAGGAAAAUCCUUACGAAAGGCUCCACAACGAGGGUGUUGGGGGAGCUGGAGGCAGCGUUAGCGGCGGUGUAGAAUGUGUACCUAAAUCAUUAACGAAUGAUUCACUAACUACGGAUUCUGAUACAGCAACUCCGACACCGGGCACGCAAACGUUAACUCCGGCAGGGAUCCCGAAUGUCCGUAGAGCGAUGGGUACACCGGAUAGCGAUGGAAUGGCACCCGCUGUAGGUGAUUACUUUCAAGUGUAAAUGAUUUUCCCCAUCCGUUGCUCCUCAACCGACCCAUUGAGCGCGUAUUCGUUGAAAAGUGAUUAUUUUAUCUCUGACAUACAGCUUUGAUCUAUUUAUAUACAUAUACAUAUAUAUUUUUAAAAAGCUAAUUGUUAUGGCCGCUUGUUACAUGUGAAACGAUUGACUAAUGCUCGCCGCUACUGGACGGCAACAUUUGCCAUUGGUUGCUGCGGAGCAGAACAGGGCUUGUUUGCGAUUACGAUAUUACUUACUCCAUUCUAAGGUUUAAAAUCAUGAACACACUUGAACGACGGUUGUUGUUAUUUUUUGCAUUGUAAUUAUAACAACUGCAUCUAACAAACACACUGUAUUGUGCCUGUUUGUAGAACAACAAUUGAGCCGGGAAAUUUGUUAGCCUGUGUAUUGUAUUUCCGUUUAAUGUCUCACUGCAGUUACAUCGUUCUUGGUGGUGGAAAUCUCCGUUGGCUGCAUAUUGCGUACAUUGAUGUAGUUUAUGCAAAUGAGACAAAUCGGAAUCCAUCCUUGUACCAGCACAAUGCUCUGCACAACUUUAAACCAAGGUAAUAUAGAUAGAUACGAAAAAGAACAACAACAAAAGCGAUAGAAACAAAAACAAGUUGUUGGACAGCAUAAAACGAAAUAAUGAAAAUGAAAUGUGUAAGACUAUACACCGACCGACGAUUAUUAAAUUAAUACAUUGGACUGAUCGGGAAAGAUCCCUAGUAAGUAUCCCACCAUAUAUGGACAAGAGGAAUAAUGAAGCAAGCUUCGUACGCGUAUUGAAGAGAUUGAAAUGAAAAGAAAAGGUAGCAUCGUACUGCACAACAAGCAGUACAUCCUGAUCGUUCAUGUGAUUUACAUAUACAAUCCACGAGAAGAAUCUUUAGGGCGAACAAACAAACAAAAAAAUCCCCCAAAGCCCCAACAACGAAUGCUUAAUGUCGUGCUUGAGCCUAUUAAAAUUGGCUUAAUAAUCUCAAUUUUUCAUUUCUUAGCACUUGUGUACAAUGAAGAAAGUAAUCUGGUUUUGUUUUGUGGAAAAUGCUCUUUUGUGUGUUUUUGAAAAAAACUUCUGUUUGCCGUAAAAUAAUGGCACAGUUUUAGUACCGGAUCAGUACUAUGCGUAUUUUACUAUGUCUAUUUGUCUAAACAUGCAGUUCAAUUGUACAUAUAAUACGUGCUUCCUAAUGUUCACCGUACCUUAACAUUAUACCGCUCCUAAUGAAAGUAUUGUUUACCAAUAUGAAGAUCAACAGUUAAGAUUUAUUAUAUUUACGCUUGUUUUUUGUUUGUUUGUUUUAUUUUAAAUCCAGUCUUCUAAGUUGGUAUUUAUGUUUUGUGUAUUGUUUUAUUAUGUAGUACUUCUUUUCGAUCAGCAUUAAUUAUUAUUGAUUGUUGGAAUUGUUGCAAAGCUUUAUUUUAUUUAUAUGUGGCUAGGCUCUAAUACCCCAAACAGCAAGUUGGCACAGUAAUAGAACCAAGAGAAACUCAACCGACUCAAGCAAAUAGAGUGAGAAAUAAUCGAGCCAAACCUUACACAGAUAAAUUGUGCGAGCAGGAUGCAAAAUCGUAUCGUGUUGGUAAUAUUAUAUUUAUUACUUGUUUUAGUUCAUUCAUCGUUUAGCUAACCUAACAAGUUUUGCGUGUUCUGUAUGCAUCUUGUUCUAUGUAACAUUCCCGUUUUUCUAAUGGUGUAAAAUGCCAAUCUGAAUCUUUAUACAACAGUAAGGAGAAAAACAAAAUUGAUAAGGCUUACAAGCGAAGGAUCUAGCAAAUAUUGCAGCGUAUUGCAGUGAAAAUUAUACAUGUAAGACUUAAUGAAAACAAAAAAAAAGAAUGUUUAAAUCUUAACAUGAAAAAAUAGAAAGCAAUUUAAAAGUUCUUAUACAAAACGUUACUGAAACUGGAAAACGAAACUUUACGAGUGACAUUUAUAAUCAUUUGAACAAGUAUGUGCGAACAAACAACAAAAAUGAAAUUCGAAGAUCUAAUUAAAUUAAAUACUUACGGA